GCGUGAAAUUGUCUGGUACAUAAGCUUUAUCCAAUUUGGGGGUUUCAUCAGAAGUCAUUUGGACCUUUUACUGCAUUUUCGGACUUUUCCUGUUAGGCAGUAUUAAAGAUUCGUAUUCGUUCACAAUGAAGGCUUUCGCAAUCUUAGCUGUGUGUUUUGUGGCAGUACAUUGUGACAACAACAACAACAAUGGUGGAGGAGGCGGUGGUAACAGGUCUAACAAUGACUGUAACAGGUUUUGUAGACCGUAUGGUAGCACUCCAGUUUGUGGCACAGACGGUGUAACCUAUGAAAAUGACUGCUUCUGUGACUGCCAAUCGAGAUUCAAGCAAUGUGAUGGACCAUGCCCUUGCAACGGUGCUAGUAAUACAAACUCAUACAACAACAACAACAACAAUGGAAAUGGAUACAAUGGUAAUGGCAACAAUAAUGGCAAUACCAAUAGCUAUAAUGGCAAUAGAAACAACAACGGCAACACUAACAGCUAUAAUAACAAUGGUAACACCAAUAGCUAUAACAAUAAUGGCAACUCAAACAGCUACAAUAACAAUGGAAACAGAAAUAGCUUCAACAACAAUGGCAACAUAAACAGCAACAAUGGCAAUAAAAACAAUGGCAAUAGCAACUGGAGGAGCUAUAAUAACAAUAAUGGAAAUGGUAACAACAACGGCAAUAGCUACAACGGAAAUAGUAAUGGAAACGGAAAUAAUAAUGGAAACCGAAAUAACAAUGGAAACAGAAACAACAAUGGAAACACAAACAGUUACAAUGGAAAUGGCAACGGUAAUGGCAAUAGCUAUAACAAUAACAAUGGCAACAAUGGUUUCAACAGUAACAAUAAUGGAAAUAGUAACCGUAACAGCUACAAUAAUGGAAACGGGUUCAAUUCUAACAACAACGGAAACAGUUUCAACUCCAAUAACAAUGGCAACGGAUACAAUUCGAACAACGGAAAUGGAUUCAACACAAAUAACAAUGGCAACGGAUACAACUCUAACAAUGGCAACGGAUACAAUUCUAACAACGGAAACGGUUACAACUCCAACAACAAUGGAAACACUAAUUGUAAUUUCGGAAACUGUAACAACGCAAACAGCUUCAAUAAUAAUGGAAAUACCAAUAGCUUAAAUGGCAACAACAAUGGAAAUUCCAACAACAAUGGAAAUGGCAACAACAAUGGAAAUGGCAACAACAAUGGAAAUGGCAACAACAAUGGAAAUACCAACAACGGAAACAGCUAUGAUAGCAACACCAACGACGACAGCAAUAGCAUUCCAAACGUAGUCAGUGUUGGCGGCAGUAACAAGCUGGUUAUAAAGACCAAAUCUGACGAUUCUUCCCAGACUAUAAGUCUUCUUGACGUCUUCAAAAAUUACGACAGUAACAACAAUGGCAAUAGCAACAACAAUGGCAAUAGUUACAAUAGAAACGACAAUGGCAACAGUUACAACAGCAACAACAAUGGCAACAGUUACAAUAGAAACGACAAUGGCAACAGUUACAAUAGAAACGACAAUGGCAACAGUUACAACAGCAAUAACAAUGGCAAUACCAAUAGUUUCAACAACAAUGGAAACACAAAUAGCUUUAACAACAACGGAGAUACCAAUAGCAUUGACAGCAAUAGCUACAAUAGCAACAACAAUGGUGACAACAGCAACACAAACAGCGUGCUUGUGCCAGAACCUACAGUUAUAGUUAUCCAAGCUCCUGUUCAGCAAAGUGUCGGGUGUGUAUGUAAACCAGACUAUGAUCCUUGUUGUACAACUGAUAACGAGACUUACAACAACAAGUGUGAGGCUGAAUGCGAGGGUAAAACUGUCUGGUAUGACAAAGCCUGCUAUUAAAAAGCAGCGUAUGAUGCCAAUGAAUCCACGUCGUAUGUUCAGGUAUGACACACUGUAUGGAAGACGGCACAAUUGUGAAUAAAUGACUCUAAUGUUUAAGAUUAAAUGUUGCAUUUUGCUAAUUUAAGUUUUAUUAAUAACAACAGAAGGCAAAUGA